AUGUCGUUCGUCAGACAAUUGCAGACUUCUGCAAAACUCAGUAAUGAAACUACCAAAGCUGUCAAAAAUGCAAACUCCAAGUUCAAGAAGUUAAAAUCCACACCUAACUUGUAUAAUCCCAAGUCAUCGGCAUACAGUUACAGAGGUGUUUUGAGAGCCAAGAUAGAGCCCGGAGUGUACCAUCAACCAUCGCAAUCGUCUUCAACUGGCUCGAUAAACAGUGAAACUUUUCCCCGAGCUUUUUUGCCUCGCGAGGACCCCCGUACGAAGUUUGUUCAGUUGCUCAGACCCCACGAUCGCUUGCAGGCGAGCUGGGCACCACCUUUGCAUGAAAAGAAGGAAAAAAGCUACCAUCUCAAUCCAGAGCAAAUCGCAAAGAUCAAAAGCUUAAGGCUCGAAAACCCAGAGAAAUACACAAGAAGGGCUCUAGCCAAGAAAUUCAACGUCUCGCCUCUUUUCGUGUCAUUGGUUUCUUCAGCUACUCCUACCAGAAAAGCAGACAUGAUGCAAAGACUGCAGUCGAUAAAAGACGACUGGCAUCCCAAGAGAGCGCUUGCGAGAGACGACCGGAAAAAACGCAAGGAACUCUGGUACAGGCCGUGA